CCGCUCGUGACGUCACCACGGCCCCGCCCAUUUCCUCAGCUUCGGUUGCCUGCAGCGCAAGUCCGCCGACCCUCGACCAUUCGCCGCCGCCGCCGCCAAAAUGUCUACAGGUGUGCCUUCGGGGUCAAGUGCUGCCACUGGCAGUAAUCGAAGACUCCAGCAGACUCAAAAUCAAGUAGAUGAGGUGGUUGACAUCAUGAGAGUCAAUGUGGAUAAGGUGUUAGAAAGAGACCAGAAGCUCUCGGAGCUAGAUGACCGUGCAGAUGCACUGCAGGCAGGUGCCUCACAGUUUGAAACCAGUGCUGCCAAAUUGAAGAGAAAGUAUUGGUGGAAGAACUGCAAGAUGUGGGCGAUAGGGAUCAGUGUCCUGGUGAUUAUUGUCAUCAUCAUCAUCGUGUGGUGUGUCUCUUAAUGAAGAACAGACGAAACUGAAGCCCGAUCGUCAAGAUCUUCUUCAAGACUUUGUACUUAGAAAAGCUUACCUAUUGGUUUUUUUUCCAAAUGAUUAUUUUUGUUAGUUUACAUACAGUUUAGUGCCUAGAAAAUGUGCCUUUGUUUUUCAUAUACACUCCAAACUACCCUGCCCACAUUUUGCACAGUGCCUUUACAGAUUUAUGGACUGGGAAAGAGGACUUAAGUCUUUCUGAGUGCUGAAAUGGAGGUGGAUAUUGUCACUGAUGACUUGUUGUGGAUUCCAGGAAGGGGAUUUGUUCAAGGCAGCUGUCCCCACAUCUGACAUCGUUUUCAAAACCACAUUUUAAACUUUUGGGUAAUUAGAUUCCCAACUUGGACCUUCCAAGAAGAACACUACUGCCUAACAGCAAUCGGUGACAAUAACAGGGUGUGCCUUAUUUUGAUAACUAGGUAACUGUUCAUUAAGGUUAUUCUCCAUUUGUAAGCACUACUGACUCCCGCUGUAUUUAAGAUGCUGGUGAAGAGCUCAUGCUCUUAUGUUAGAUAUGAUGAUGUUUACUUUCUUGUUCUUGUAUAUCACUUCUAAAAUAGUAUUUUAACCAGAAAUAACCCUUUAAGAAGUUUUUAUAGAACUAUAACCAAAGUUUCUAUUUUGCCAAAAGUUAAGUACAAAUAAAUUGUCCAUAAGUUUGCCCCAAUAGAUACAUUCAAAUAAGUGCCAAAUGUAACUCAAGGUGCCCUUUAAGAAAAAUAUUAAUCCUGUGUGAACCUUCAACAUGUCGGCAGUCUGUCCUGUGAAAUGCUGUGGAGAAGGCUAGUCAUUCUGAUUUAGUUUCUUCCCUAACGCUAUGGAGGUGGGCUCAGAUCACACCUGUAGAUGAGAUACUUAGCCAGCAGUUUGCAGACAGAACUAGGCUGUGGCCUCUAGUACGAUGUGAGCAGCAGCUGUGUAGCCUCACAAAGGUUCCAGAAGACUAUGUACUGCUUGGACUUAUCCUCUGUAUUAUGCUUGAGGUGAGUCAACGGUCACUCCUAGAGGAUAGCUAACCAGAGAUGCCUGGUGCUCUUAGGAUGUAGCCAUUGCUGUCUGGGACAGUUUCAUUGUUUAUUUGAGACCUUAAUCAAGGCUUGGUUCAAAGACAGGAUUUCAGGCAUGGGUGGAACUGAGGAAGUGGUGAAAGGCAAGCUGCUUGCCUGUGGCAGUGCCACUAGAAUGCCCUGAAAUCUGUGUUUGUGUGCAGAGCAGCAUUACUCAAGAUGUCAUAGAAUCUGGUUCUAGUUUUUUAUCUGUUCCCCUAACAUUACUGAAACAAUACAGAUGUUGAAGGUAUGCCUUGCCACAUCAGCCUAGGUCCUCUGCCCUGGUCUGACCUCACAACUUUGGUGCUGUCUCCUCAUAUUCUGUCCCAUAUCACUCAUUGGCUCCUGUAUUAACACAGUAAUACCUCGCUUCUCUGUGCAUUUAGCUGGGAAUGUUCCCGGUAUGUUGACCAGAAUAAAGUUGUUUAUUAACAUGA